CAAAAUUUAGGCGCCAUCAUUUUACAAAUUUCAAUUUGACAUUCAAGUCAAAACAUUGUUUUGUGAAAAUAUUUUCGUCUGAACAUCUCUGCUUAUCUCUAAAUUAAAAACAGACACGACGGCUGAACUAUAAAUAAACAUCUUACUCAUUUCGGCCGUGAAUUUUAGACUUUAUGUGCUGUAUUCAAUAAACUAAAGUAGUGCUUGCGGUAAUAAUUUUACGACGAUACUUUACAAAAUGUUGUGCAUAUUAUUAACAGUUGUUGUUGGUACAGUUCUCGCGUACGAAAAAGAUAUGACUUUUACUGUGCAAGCUGGUAAAAUGGACUGCUUCUACCAAAAGGUUUUGGCUAACGAAAUAAUUGAUAUCGAGUAUCAGGUCAUAGACGCGACGCACGGCGAGCUGGACAUAUCGUUCCAGAUGACUGACCCCGAGGGUCGCUCCAUAGUGGCUGACUACAAAAAGCCAGACAACGCUCACCGACACACCGCCGCCAUAGAGGGGGACUACAGGCUGUGCUUCGACAACACUUUCAGCACCUUUAGCGAGAAAACUGUAUUCUUCGAUCUGAUGGUAGACUCGGAGGAGCCAGAAGUCAAGGACUAUGACGAGGAUAAAGAGAUGGAAUUGGGGAGCUCAGCAGAGAGCUACAUGAUGAGGGUCAAAGACAUAUCGGACUCCGUGAGCAAGCUCAAGGAGCACGUGUCGGCGGCGCGCCGGCUCCAGGAGCUGCUGUCAGCACACGAGGCGAGGGACAGGAACCUGGCCGAGGACAUGUGCGACAGGGUCCUGAAGUGGUCUCUGGGACAGAUUAUUUUCAUGACAGUCAUUGGUGUCACACAGGUGUAUUUCUUGAAGAAUCUAUUUGAAGAUCCAAAUAACAGGUACCAAAAAAUGGUUCCGAACUUUAUGUCUCGAUGAUAGGAAAUCUUACGUUUUUAAUUAAAUAAUAAACAGAAACAAAUUAAAUGUUCAUUAGAUGUGGAAUCCGGAUAACUUUCAACCCUAGUGGGUAAAGUGAAAUUUUGCACAUCUAGUAAGAAAAUUUUCUUUAUGUACAUCACAAAGAGAGCCUUUUUUGGCUUUAUUCUUGUUAUUAUAAUAAUUUGAUAAUUUUAAUAUAAAUACAAAAUUAAUGUAAAUGAAUCUCAUAAAUUCUAUAUACUCUAUAGAGUACAUAAUAAAAUCAAAGUAUAGUGCGACAUAAAAUAGUAGAAGUGAAUAAAAAUGGAACUAAUUUUGUUGUGUGGCAACACCACAUUCACUGUCAUUAUCACAUAGAUCUGUCAAUAUAGAGCAACCAAUUAUUAUUGAUAAUUGUAUCAGAUUAUAGAAAUAAUAGUUGAAAUUCGGUUAAUUGCCAGACAAAUUACAAUGAAUAUCAUUAAUUAAGAUUACAUUUGCUUUUGAAUGUAAUUAAUGUAAAUCAUAAAAUCUUAGUACUUAUAACAUGAUGAUUAGGGCUAAAUAGUGAUGUUAGUAUUUUCCAAAUAUAUUUAUUAAUUAAUUUAUAUUAGAUAGUAAAAUUAUUUUCAACGGAACAUCUUAUUUAAAAUAAGCAUAUUAUAUUAUCUACGUAGAGAAUAAAAUAUCAAUUAACAAGGUAGUUGCAGUCACAAGUGGAUGACAGUACACAGUGUUACCAUAUGAACGACAAUAAGUGACUACAGCGCCCUCUUUUAUUUUCUACUUUUUGUCGCACUAUACAGGUGAUUUUAUGCUAUAGACUAAUAUGGUUGAUAAUUUGUAAGCAAAGAGUCAGUAUAUUUAGUAAAAGCCAGUUAGGUAAACCAAAGAAUUAUAUUAUGGUAGGUGUUCAGAAAUUUCUCAUAUUAAAUUUUUGUUAUUUGGAAUCAACUAGUAGUAUAAAAAUAAGUAAAUUACUAUAAAAAGUGCUUUAAUCUACGGAACCCUACAUAACGCGUGGCCCGACACGCACUUGGCCGACUUUUUUGGUCAGGCUAUUAUACUAAGAAGCUUAUAAUUAUUUCAUCUGCGGAGUUCAUGUUCCCUAGGGAAUAAGGGGAUAAAAUAUAGCUUAUGACACUUGCAAAAAUUGCACUUGCAAUAAUAUUAUUAGUAAAAGAAUUUUCAAAAUCGGUUUAGUAGAUCCAGAGAUUACCCCCACAAACUUACAUUACCACAAACUUUACCUCUAUAUUAUAGACUAAUGGUGAUUUUGAGUGUGUUUUUCUAUACCCAAGAUUUAUGCUGGAAAAUAGUUUUAGAAUUUUUUUGGCAAUAACCCAGUGAUCUGAGUCAAAUAUUACAUGUAAUAUUAAAACAAACAUAAUCAUGAUUAUAUUUGUUUUUCCACCUAAGUUUUGGAGUGGACAGGGGAUGUCUUUCAAGACAUUGUGGUAUUGCAAUCUCCAUUAGGAUUAAUAUAAAAUUCUUGCCUCUACAUUUCAUAUUAUAUAAGUACUAAUAUUUUAAACAGGCAAGUUUGAUUUUUUGUGUGUCUGUUUGUGACUCAAAAAAUAAUCGAUCGAUUUUGAAAUUUUCCUCACCAAUGAAAAGCAACAUUAUCAGCUAGUAGCACAUGCUAAAGUUUAUCUUCGUACUCCCACAGGAAUGGUAACUAUGCAGGUAAAACUAGGGCCGUCUGCAAAUACAGCUCGUGCGGAUUAACUUGACACCUGGCUCGAAUGAUGUUUGUACUGUGUUUGGUAGCCAGGUGUCAAGUUAAUAUGUACCUACGAGUAAGCUUGUAGAGUGCACAAGUAAAUCUGCGCGCGAAUGGCGGCGCAAUUAUGAUGCCAGCGUUAGUGAUCUCUUUCACCCGCCAAGAGAUAGAUAGAGAUAGACAACAAGAUAACGUCACUUUGGAUUAGUUCCGAUUUUGGCCACGCGCAAACUUAACGGGCGCGCACUCGUAAGUUAAUUGUUGUAGACGGUGAAGUAAAGUUGACACUUGGUGUUGCCUUAGCACAAAAUAUGACAACUUAAGAUUUUGUAUUUCUGUAAUCUUGUAUACUGAAGGGCACGAUUUAUGACAAAUGCCUUGUGUUCCUUCAAAAUGAAUGUUAUAGCUCAAUUUUUGUAAAUAUUUUUGUAAGUAAUAAAAAUUAUUUGAAAUUAGAAAAU